AUGGAACCACGUAGAGAGAGGGAGUUCUUCAUCAAAUGGAGGUAUAUGUCAUAUUGGCAUUGCGAAUGGGUCAGCGAGACGUUGAUGGAUGUGUACUUCACAGCGCCAGCCUAUUAUCAGCUGCUGCGAAUGUACUGGCGAAAGUAUGAUAGUGAAAAUCCACCCAUCUUUGACGAAUCGACAGCCCAGCGGCACCACAAGGAUAAUGAUCCUUACGAGCUGCGUGAGAAAUUCUACCAAUACGGCAUAAAACCAGAAUGGAUGCAGGUCCACCGGAUUAUAAAUCAUAUGCAGUACGGGAAAACCCAGUUUGAUUAUCUCGUGAAAUGGAAGGAACUCGCAUACGAGCAAGCCACCUGGGAAAGAGAUGAUAUGGAUAUUGCUUACUAUGAAGAUGCCAUAAACAAGUAUUGGAUACACAGAGAGAAAAUGCUUGGCGAACCAAUUCCUAAGCAUAUCGCCAAGAAAAUUGCUGCUCAGAGAGAGAAGAAAGGGCUCCCACCUCUUGAGAGUACUGACGAUCAGCUAAACAAAAAGAGAAAAACGUGGUGA